CACAUGUUAUUCCUCCAGCCCGGAAUUCAGGUCACUUGGAUGAAAAUGUUACUGUAGCUCAUUGUGUACACAAUUGUGAUUGGGAAGAGGCUACGCUUGCGUUCAUAGCAUGUUUCGUUUACAAGUUAUUGAACCGGAAUGUCCGAAUCUGUCAAUAUCUUUCCAACUUUACCGGACUCCUAGCGCCUUCAGGUUCUGCGGCUUGUUUUUAAUAUAAGUUAGUUUUUGGACUGUUAAACGUUUUUUCUUUUUACUUUACAAAAGUGAAAACAACAAAAAUGCACAGUCACAGGUGGAAUAUAAUGAGCGAAAAGUGAUGAAAAUGAAAUAUGGAAUGAGAUCAAGUGAACAACUUACAACUCUCAAAUAAAUUCUACAGGAGUGAGUGACAAUAAGUUGAUGACGCACACCCACACAUACACACACAUACACAGGGGAGGAGCAGCUGAAAACGAAAGUAAGUGGAGUCAAACUCUAUUUCAACUGCGCAGAAACAGGAGGAAAACAGGUGUUGACCAGAGAAGAUGUGUGAUUUGGAGGAAGAUGAGGACAGAGCGUCUCCAGUGUUCAGCUGUGUGUCCAUGAAGAGUGACCGGUCCAAAGAUGGUCCUCCAGACUUCAGUAAUGACCCUGGACCCUCACAAUCUGAAGAGAAGAGGAGUCAUGUUUCUGAGGAGAAGCUGCCGUCCUGCUGUGCUUCUUGUCAGGACGUCCUGAAGGAUCCAGUCUUCACCAGCUGUGGACACUGGCUCUGCAGACGCUGCAUCACCUCAUACUGGGACCAGUCGGGUUCACCAGGAGAGUCCUCCUGUCCCCAGUGUGGACAAAGAUCCAGAACAGGACCUGGAGCUCAGACAGCAGCAGAUCGUGGUCUGCAGCAGGUUCUAGAUGAACAUAAGAUCAGUCUGAGGAGGAGAUGUGAACGUGUGACUGAAGGAAGUGAUGAGAGAGGAAGUGAAACCCUCCUCAACAGGAUCUUCACUGAGCUCUACAUCACAGAGGGACAGAGUGAAGAGGUCAAUACCCAACAUGAGGUGAGGCAGCUCGAGACAACUUCUAAGAUGAAGACCCUCCAUGAAACUCCCAUAAAGUGCCACGACAUCUUUAAAGACGGACCCGACCAGCAGAGAUGCAUCAGAGUCGUCCUGACGAACGGUGUCGCUGGCGUUGGAAAAACCUUCUCUGUGCAGAAGUUCACUCUGGACUGGGCCGAGGGUUUGGAAAACCAAGACGUCAGUCUGCUGAUUCUGCUUUCGUUCAGGGAGCUGAACCUGAUCAAAGACGAGCAGCACAGUCUUCUCACGCUGCUCCGUGUUUUCCAUCCAACAUUACAGAAGGUCACAGCGGAGAAGCUCGCUGUCUGUAGACUGUUGUUCAUCUUUGACGGCCUGGAUGAAAGCAGACUUUCUCUGGAUUUCAACCAGGGGGAGGUUGUGUCUGAUGUCACACAGAGGUCAUCAGUCAACGAGCUGCUGACGAACCUCAUCCAGGGGAAUCUGCUUCCCUCCGCUCUCGUCUGGAUGACCUCCCGACCUGCGGCGGCCAAUCAGAUCCCUCCUUCUUGUGUUGACAGGGUAACAGAAGUGCGAGGCUUCACUGAUGCCCAGAAGGAGGAAUACUUCAGGAGAAGGUUCAGUGAUGAAGAGCUGUCCAGCAGAAUCAUCUCACACAUGAAGACGUCCAGGAGCCUCCACAUCAUGUGUCUAAUCCCAGUCUUCUGCUGGAUCAGUGCUACAGUUCUGGAGCACAUGUUGACCACAGACCAGAGAGAAGAGCUGCCCAAGACCCUGACUGACAUGUACUCACACUUCCUGCUGGUUCAGACAAAGAAGAAGAAAAACAAGUAUCAUGAAGGACGUGAGACGAGUCCACAGGAGCUGACGGAGGCGGACAGGGAAGAUCUCCUGAACCUGGGGAGGCUAGCGUUUGAACAUCUGCAGACAGGAAACAUCAUGUUCUACCAAGAAGACCUGGAGCACUGUGGUCUUGACGUCACAGAGGCCUCGGUGUACUCAGGAGUUUGUACUGAGAUCUUCAGAAGAGAGAGUGUGAUCUUCCAGAAAACCGUCUACUGCUUUGUUCAUCUGAGCGUUCAAGAGUUCCUGGCUGCAGUCUACAUGUCCCACUGUUACACCCACAGAAACACAAAAGUUGUGGACGAUUUCCUGGGAAAAAAUUGGAACAACACACAACGUGACUCUACUCUGGAAGAGUUCCUGACGACGACCAUGCAGAAAUCCUUUGAAAGUCAAAAUGGCCACCUAGAUCUGUUUGUUCGAUUCCUUCAUGGCCUCUGUCUGGAGUCCAACCAGAGACUCUUAAGAGGCCUGCUGUGUCGGACAGAGAACGAUCCAGAAAUCAUCCAGAGAUUCAUCAACAACCUGAAGGAGACAAACGCUUAUAAAAUCUCUCCUGACAGAAGCAUCAACAUCUUCCACUGUCUGAUGGAGAUGAACGACCUCUCAGUACACCAGGAGAUCCAAGAGUUCCUGAAGUCAGAGAACAGAUCAGAGAAGGAACUCUCUGGGAUCCAUUGCUCUGCUCUGGCCUACAUGCUGCAGAUGUCAGAGGAGGUUCUAGAUGAGUUGGACCUGGAGAAGUACAACACAUCAGUGGUGGGACGAGGGAGACUGAUCCCAGCUGUGAGGAACUGCAGAAAGGCUCGAUUUACUUAUUGUCAACUCUCAGAGACUGAAUGUGAAGUCGUGGCCUCAGCUCUGAAGUCCAACCCCUCCCACCUCACAGAACUGGACCUGAGUGAAAACAACAUGCAGGAUUCAGGAGUGAAGGUUUUGUCUGCUGGACUGGAGAGUCCACAUUGUAGACUGGAGACUCUGAGGUUGAUUUGCUGCAGUUUGUCAGAGAUCAGCUGUUCUUCUCUGGCCUCAGCUCUGAAGUCCAACCCCUCCCACCUGAAACAACUGGACCUGAGCCGCAACAAGCUGCAGGAUUCAGGAGUGAAGGAGCUGUGUGGUUUUCUGGAGAGUCCACACUGUCGACUGGAGACUCUGAGGUUGGAAAGCUGCUGGUUGUCCGAGAUCAGCUGUUCUUCUCUGGCCUCGGCUCUGAAGUCCAACCCCUCCCACCUGACAGAACUGGACCUGAGGGACAACAAGCUGCAGGAUUCAGGAGUGAAGGAGCUCUGUGGUUUUCUGGAGAGUCCACACUGUCGACUGGAGACUCUGAGGUUGAGUUACUGCAGUUUGUCAGGGAUCAGCUGUUCUUCUCUGGCCUCAGCUCUGACGUCCAACCCCUUCCACCUGAGACAACUGGACCUGUGGGGAAACUGGCUGAAGAACUCAGACCUGAAGAAGCUGCAGGAUGUUGUCCAGACAGUCGUGGCUGAAGAAUGGAGCCGGUGAGGUGGCGUUAUAGUAUAACGUGUGGUCGACUGGGAGUCGGGAAGCAGAACAUCCCAGUCAAAGAUGGAUCGGUUCUUCUUUGCCAAGCUGACAGAAGUUUCACAUGAGCUUCAGGAAAUGUCUGACGUCAGUUGGACCAGUUUGAUAUCCAUAAGAAGUGACGCAUGUUUGCAACACAUGAAAACAUCUGGUUAUCAUGAACAUAACUGCAUCUACUUUACCAUUACGACCGCUCCUUAUGUUUAACAGAAAUCAUAUUUAAGUAACUUUAAAAACAGACAGAUGUGACAUUAUUUGUGGGAUAUGAAGCAAAAAUGAAUCACACUGAAGAUGAUCAAGCUUUUUCUUCAGUCGCAGUUAAAAAUAAAUGAAUAAAUGUCAAUAAUCAAAUGCUGUUUGUUUGUUUAUUUACAUUUUAUUUCAUUGUGACAGCGAUAUUUCAUGUGACGUACGUGAACGAAUGUAAACGAUUCAGUCCGAAGUAGAAGAAGAAGAAAAGGGAGUAUGAAUAUGACCCAUAAGAGACACAUGUCAUCAUGUAAAUUACCUUUGCAUAUGAAUCAUGUACAUCUGAUGUCACACGGUGGUAAUACACACUGAAAAAUUA